AUGAACAGGCACUCCUUGAUGCUCUUCUCCCUCUUCUGCCUCAUUGUGGAAGCAACAUCACUGAAGUGUGUGACAUGCCACUUUCGCACACCGUCGGACCACUGUAGAAGAGGCUUUGGCAUCUGCGAGGCUCAGAAGUACGAAACCUGCAUGAGCCUGAGGAUCUACUCCAAUAACACUCUCCAGAUAUCAUAUAUGGUGUGUCAGAGAUUCUGCAACAACUUGGUGUACAUCUUCAACAAUCGGACUUAUGUUCAUAAAUGUUGCCAUUUAGAUUAUUGUAACUUCAAAAUCUAA